AUGUUGACAGAAAUCGCAACACUCACGCAUAAACUGCGUGCAGCUUUAUCGUAUAAAGCGACUGAGACUGCGGUGUGGGAUAUGCUUCAAGCCCUGUUCCAUGCCGAAUACCUGCUGAUCGCCGAAUACAUCGAUUGUGCACUGCCACUACUCUAUGCGUUGUAUUUGCUGGCACUUUCUCAGCUACCGGUGGCAAGAUACUAUGCACAAACUGCUGUACCUUUCAACAAGUUGAAAUUCGGGAUCUCACCGCUCUACCAACUCGCGUUUGUCUUGGAGACCCAUGUUCGGACGGUGCAAGGGCAUUUGAUAGUGUGGACUGUGUACAUUCUACGGAUGCCGCUGAAACACAAUGGAGUGGCGUCGGAUAUUCAUCUACAGUAG